AAACGAGAGUUUUCGGCAUUCAAAAUCAACCCGGUUUUUAUUCAGACCGCUUGCUUUACAAAAGGCACGAACCGUAUCCCUUUUCUCUCGUCGAGUCCUUUUUUCGUACAAUCUUCCCCAAAAAUCCAUCUUUGAUUUUCAUAAAUUUUUUCUCUUUAAUCUUCAAAUAGACGAAUUUUGUUGUCAAUUUUCCAAAUUCUAUAUUGAUAGUUUUUUUUUUUUGAUCCGAAUUAUAGAUCUGUGUUAAUUUUGCUCCCUCAACCGAUUCCAAUUUAUAGAUAAAUCUCUAUCUGUUGCCGUUCUAGGUUUCGAGUUUUUGGUUCGUUAGGGUUUUUUCAAAUCUGUAAAUUCCUAGCGGGUUUGGUUCCUUUCAUGAAUUAGAGACUCUUUCGUGUUUGUUGUGGCGUUUGUUCGUGUUUUUUUAGUGUAAACUGGGAGUCUAGGGUUACGGUUUCUGGAAAAAAAUUUGGGUUAGUAUGGGGUUUCUUUGUUUGUUCUAAUUCAAUUGGGGAAACGUAAAUUUACGUCAAAUCAAGCUUCGAUAGGGUAUCAAUCCGUAUAAAUUAAGCCUUUUAGGUUCUCAAGCCGCCUGCAGUUUGAUCUCUACAUAUUUGUUGAGCUCAAGGUUAAAAACAAUGGGAUUCAAGCGGCCUUUUGAUGAUGAAAAAUUCCAGGAGCUACCCUGUAAACAUUCAAGACAGCUUGAUGUUAACAAUAAGCUGACUCAAUUUCAACACGUUCCCUGUAAUAAUACUCUUCAGAAACCUUGUUUUUCAGUUGAGGAUGGGGAUGGAUUUCAUCAGCAUGGAUGGAAGGGGGAAUCUGAAAGUGAAACUGUUGUGAAUAAAUUUACAAAUUCUGUUGAAAAAGGUUUAGAGAUUAGUGCUGCCUUGUCUUUGGUCACCAGCAGUUCUACUGAGGAAGAUGGUUGGUCCAAGUCAACAUCUUAUCAAUCUCUUUCACUAAAACAUUUUGGAUAUGACUUCCCCCAGAGAACAUUUAUUCCAUUUGAUAAUUCCUAUUCUUCUCUAUUGGAUUGCUCCCCAAAAAAGCAAGUUCAUCUUGGACCAAAUCAUCAAGCCAGCCUUCCAUCUUGGGACCCCUAUACUAACAAGAGCAUAUCAGAUUGUAAAGCUACGGUGAAUGACAGUUCCUCGAAUUAUCGGGGAUCAGACAGCAAUGUUGACAAUGUUCAUGAAGAGAAGCUGAUGGGGACUUGUGUUAUUCCAAUGCCUGACUCAAAUUCAUCUGCACUGAACACUGACAUGGUUGGACAGGGCAUUACGGACUGUGACUGCCUGGACCAGGGCUCUGUUAGAUGUGUGCAACAGCAUAUCAUGGAAGCACGGGAAAAGCUUUUGAAGUCCCUUGGGCAUGAAAAAUUUGUUAAGUUGGGUUUGUGUGACAUGGGAGAGGUGGUGUCCUGUAAAUGGACUGAAGAAGAGGAACAGGCCUUUCAUGAUGCUGUUUAUUCUAAUCCUGCAUCAUUAGGCAGGAAUUUUUGGAAGCACUUGUCAGCAGUGUUCCCUUCUAGAACCAAAAAAGAAUUAGUGAGUUAUUAUUUCAAUGUCUUCAUGCUCCAGAGGCGGGCUACUCAGAACAGAUGCUACUCUCUGGAUAUCGAUAGUGAUGAUGAUGAGUGGCAUGGAAGUCAUGUGGAUCAGUAUGAUGUUCAAGUUUCAGGAGAAUAUGAAGACUCUGCCAUUGAGUCACCUGUUGUUGAAGAGGAGCUAUCAGGAUCUGAAAAGGGUUGUUCUGAUGAAGAUGAUGAUGAUGGAGAUGACAGUGAUGGAGAUGUUGGAAAUUUUUGUGCUGAUGUAACUGAAGAAGAUUUUGGAUUAGAUUAUAUAUCUCAGUCAGGCAUUGCAAAGUCAUUGAAUGGGGAUGGGGUUGGCUCUGUAGUUCCACAUGUAGAUACAAUUACGGGGAGAGCUCUCGACAGUCUCAGUGUUCAAGAUGACUCAUGUACGUCUUUUGAGUUUGAUAUGGCCGAUUAUUGUGGUCCCCUUGAUGGUGGACAUGCUUUGCAAGUAAGUGGAGCAAUGACUGACACUAGUAAAAGUUUGCACGGUAAACUUGAUGGUCGUAAUGAUCUGGUUGGUCAUGUAAGUUUAUUGGAUUCCUGUGAUGCUAAAGUUUGGGAUGGAAGGUAUAUAAGUCCAAUAAGAGGUGGUGUUGAUCUACUGCCUACAUGCAACAUUAUUGAAGAAAUCUUCGGCCAAGGCACUUGGGAUACGAAGACAAGAUAUGACUAAGGCAUCUGUUAGUGGCUUGUGGAGAAAUUCCUUAUUGGUACCUCAGUUGGCCCGCAUUUUUGACUUUUUUAGUUAAUGUCAUGCAGGAAAGCCUCUUUUAUCUAAAGAUAUGAGAUUUUGUCUUCCGAAUUUCUUUGUACAUUCUUUUGUGGAAUGAAUUGUACAUGAGCAAGUUGCAGCACUCCCAAUGGAAUCUUUUUGUCA